AUGAGGCACAGGGUCUAUUUUGGACACCCCUAUCUUUGCAGCUUGGUCUACCUACUCAUUGUUUUGGUGCUCCUCAUUGGCCCUACUCUUGGGUACAUGGGCGUCUACAUGGCAGACUUUCACAGGAAGCCUCAGCCAGUCCCAAGUUGGCAGACACCAGGGGGCAACCCCGACACGGCCGACAGCGGGGAGACGCUCUCCCAAGCCCCGAGGCGGGCCAUGCCCCCGGCCCGCCCCCGGCCCCGGGCGGGGCUGCCCCGUGCCCGGCCCCGGCCGUCCCGCCGCGGUCUCGCCUCCGCCCGGCUCUGGCCGUUCUGGUGGUGGCGCUGCUGGGCGGGCAUCAGUGCCUGGGGUUGGGGCGGCAUCGCCCCCCUUUUCCUCCGCCUACCCCGGCCCCGGCCCCGGCCCCGGCUCCUCCCGGGGCCAGCGGAGCACACACGCGGCGCGGCCGCUCCCGCCGCCUCCGCUGCGGCUUCCCCAGAGCGAGCUCCGCCGCUCGGCAACGCGGCCGCCGGCCCCGAGCCUCCCGUGCCGCGUUCCGAGGAGCGAACGCCUGGGCAUGGCCGGCCCGGGGCGGGUGAAGGGCGCUCGGGGGCCCUGGCUGGCCCCGGGCCGAGCGCUGACAGCCGCGUCCCGCCCGCAGGGAAGACGCAGCCGGGCCUGAAGGAGCAGUACAGGCUGAGUUCGCUGCUGGGGCGCGGCGGCUUCGGCAGCUUCUUCGCGGCCAUGCGGCUCUCGGACGGCGCCCUGGUGGCCAUCAAAAGGGUGCCACGGAACCGCGUCCUGCACUGGGGCGAGCUGGUGAGUGACCCGACGGCCCCGCUGGAGAUCGUGCUGCUGGCCAAGGUGUCCACUGGCUUCCCUGGUGUGGUCCAGCUGCUGGAGUGGCUUGAGCUCCCCAAGGACAUCUUGAUGGUGCUGGAGCGGCCAGAGCGGCGUCAGGACCUGCAUCGUUUCAUUCGGGCACGGCGGUUCCUGCCCGAGGAGGAGGCGCGGGAGCUGUUCCGCCAGGUGCUGGAGGCCGUGCGGCACUGCACCAGCUGUGGGGUCCUGCACCGCAACAUCAAACCAGGGAACAUCCUGGUUGACCUGGACACUGGGCAGGCCAAAUUGAUUGACUUUGGCUGUGGCACCUACCUGCAAGACACAGUCUACACUCACUUUGCAGGAACACUGUCAUACAGCCCCCAGGAAUGGACCCGCUUUGGCCGGUACUAUGGCAAGCCAGCUACCAUCUGGUCCCUGGGCAUCCUGCUGCACCAGAUGGUCUGCGGGGAGCACCCUUUCAGGAGGGGCCAGAACAUCAGCUGGGACCAUCAGCUCUUGCUGCCACAAGGGCUCUCUCAAGAGUGCCAAGAUCUGAUCAGGCAGUGUUUAUCCAUGCUGGACUUGGAAAGGCCCUCAUUAGAAGAGCUGCUCUUUCAUCCUUGGAUGCAGUAUAUUCAUGUGCCCUAG